AAUGCCUUUGGGCUCUUUCCAUGGUUAUAAUGGCAUGAAUUUUCAAUCAAACAGUUAUGGUGGUGCAAGCACUUCUGCAGUUGAAGAAAGAAACGAAAGCUCUUGUACGGUUGGUCAAGAUUCUAUCCCAGGUAUGCAGAAUCAGGACAGCUUUAUCAUGUUCGCUAGUACUCAACAAGGCUCGGAGUACCUUCAGGAUUUGUUGGCAACUAGUGACUCUUAUCUUACAACAAGUAAAAUCCUAGAUAAGGUUACAGCUUCAGUGGUUGGCAUCCCUGUGAUCAAUUAUCUAAUGGUCGAUCAACAUGGGUAUCAUGUCUGUUCAAAGCUGAUUGAUUCCUGUAAUGACAUACAGUUGACCCUGAUUUUGGAGAGGAUAACCAAAAACACGGAACAGUUUGUUCGAAUAUGCUGCGCCAUAAAUGGUUCAAAGAUGAUUAAGAAGUUGAUAAAAAAGGUGAAGAGGUCAUGCUUGAUAUCUUACCUGACUGUUAGUCUAUACAAGGGAUUCUACCAGCUGGCGAUAAAUCAAAUAGGGUCGUAUGUUGUGGUUUUCUGCAUGGACUGCCUUGAUAUUCAGCAGAACGCAUUGCUGUAUGAAGCUGCUAUUUCACAUUGUCUUAUCUUGGCAACAGAUGCAAUUGGAUGUGUAUCAGCGAACAAGUUCAUUGACAGAAUCCAAGGUUCGCGCAGGCAAACCCUCCUUGAAUUAAUCUCUGACAAUGCGGUGUUCCUCUCACAGGAUCCUUCAGGGAACCAUGUCGUGCAGAAAGUCCUAGGACUUGAACACCCAAUCAUUAAUGCAAAAAUAGGCGCUCAGCUGAAGGGUCAUUACGUAAGGCUAUCAUUUCAAAAGUGGGGCAGUCAUGUGGUCGAAAAAUGCUUGGUAUCACAAGCGAUGGUUUACGCAGUUCAGGAUCUUCUAACUUGCGGCAGUAGCCAAUUAUUGCAAAUUGCCAGAGAUCAGUUCGGUAAUUAUGUGAUCCAGAAAGCACUCAAAGUUACAAAGAAGAAGAAUAUUGCACUCCAUCGUAUACUUUUGAACAGCCUCGAGCCAAAUCUCAAUGCUCUCCGGAAUGGGUUUGGAAAGAAAGUUUACAGUUUGAUCAUGGAUGGAAUUCCAGUUAACGAAGGAUGAUA